ACAUAAAUGAAGUAAAUGACUCUGUUGCCCUUACUCCCAACACGGGGGGUUAUCAGUGGAGAUGGGACCUUGUCAGCUGCUACUGUCGGUAAAGAUGAAGAUAACUUCGAGGAGAGAACCAGUAAAAGGUCUCGUAGUGCUGUUGAAUCAUCUCCAAACAACAUAAAUCUUAAUCUAUCGGUCCCAUCUCUUCUCAAUCCUCCGAUAAUUCUUCCUAAUCAAACCGAUCUGGAAAUCGCUGUUACGAAGACGACCAUUAAUCCAUCCGAGACAUCUUCUGGCAAUCAAAUACAACCCAUGGAUGGUGUGGAAAUGGAGGAAAUCAAUGAGGUAACUGCAAUUGAAGAGGACCUUACACUGAAUAAUACCGUGGGAGCUGUUAAUAAGGUGAUUGCAAAGGGUGCAGGACAGUCGCAGGACAAGCCAUGAAUGUGGAAGAGGCCGAAUGUUUAGCCCUACAUGAAGCUGCGAAGUGGGUUAAAGGAAAAGGCUACAGCAAAAUCUGCCUUAGAAGUGAUGCUAAAAAUGCUAUUUCCUUUCUUAAUAAUAGUAUGGAUCAAAUUAGCUGGUUCAACAACUCUAUUUUAGAGGAUUGUCUUUUUAUUUUGAGUGAUCUUAGUUUUCUUAAAUUUGAGUUUGUUAGUAGAGACUUUAAUGGUUGGGCUGAUAAAGCAGCGAAAUAUAGUGGAAGAUUCAAUGUAUCAGGCGAAUGGUUGGACAGAAAUCCACCAUUUGGCCUAAAUAUGAUGUAAUCUUUCAUACCAUUUCAAUAUAUCUUUCUUUCGUAUCAAAAAGAAAAA